CCGAGGGAGGUGUGGGUCUGCCGCGGUGAGCCUGGCCCGGCGCUAUGGAGCAAGCGGUGGCUCCGGCGGCCUCCGCCCGUGCCGUGGUGCCGGCCGCGGCCAAGGGCGACGGCGCCGGCGCGACCCCGGCGGCCUCCAGGCGCCCGAAGACGAUUCUGGAUGAGGAGACCUACAUCGAGCGUCUGGAGAAGAUCAUUCAGCGAGACUUCUUCCCUGAUGUGGCGGUGUUGCGAGCGCAGAAGGAUUAUCUGGAGGCGGAAGAAAACGGCGACUUGGAGAAAAUGAGGCAAAUCGCGAUCAAAUUUGGCUCCUCCUUGGGCAAAUCAUCGGGGGACGUACCUGUACCCUAUGUUACGCCAGCCACAUUUGAAACCCCAGAAGUGCAUCCAGGUGGCCUUCCACUGGAGGAUAAAUCCAAAGCUGGUGUUAAAGCUGCAGAGGAAGGAGAAGCAGAGAAAGGUGAUAAAGAGGCACUUCCCAGUCUGGACAGCUUCCUAGCAAAACACACAAGUGAAGAUAAUGCUUCAUUUGAGCAGAUCAUGGAAGUGGCCAAAGAGAAGGAGAAAGUCAAGCAUGCUUGGCUAUACAGUGCAGAAGAAGAGUAUGCCCAGCGUCACAGUGAGAACCUGGCGCUUCCUUCAGCAGAACAGCAAGCUCUGGAGAGUGUGAAAGCUGGGCUGGAGACCUGGGAAUACACAGCUCGAAACACCCUCAUGUAUUAUCCGACAGGUGUACCGGAUGGGGAUGAAGUAUUUAAGAAGCCCAGGGAAGUUGUCCAUCAAAACACCCGUUUUGUGAAGGACCCUUUUAGCCAAGCCGUGAGCAAAUCACAACUCCAACAAGCUGCAGCCCUCAAUGCUCAGUACAAACAGGGCAAAGUGGGACCAGAUGGGAAAGAACUGAUACCCCAAGAGUCUCCAAAAGUGAAUGGAUAUGGAUUUGUGGCUACCCCCUCUCCUGCCCCUGGUGUGAAUGAGUCUCCUUUUAUGACAUGGGGUGAAAUUGAAAGCACCCCUUUGCGCUUAGAAGGGUCAGAAACGCCCUAUGUGGACAGAACGCCUGGACCAGCCUUCAAGAUCCUGGAGCCUGGGCGCCGUGAGAGGUUGGGGCUCAAGAUGGCCAAUGAAGUGGCAGCUAAAAAACGAGCAAAGAAGCUGGAGGCACUUCGAAAAGCAACAGAAAACUUGGCCAGCUUCACUCCAAAAGGACUAAGCCCAGCAAUGUCACCAGCUUUGCAGAGACUAGUAAACAGGACUGCAAGUAAAUAUACCGACAAAGCACUGCGAGCCAGCUAUACUCCUUCUCCAGCCCACACUGGAACGCCUGGUUACAAGACCCCAGCAAGUGGGCCUCAUACACCCACAAGCACCCCACAGUCUAGGACAGUAUCUCAGACGCCAGUAUCUCAGGAUACUACAUCAAUCACAGACAAUUUACUGCAGCUUCCUAAAAGAAGGAAGGCAUCUAAUUUCAUCUGAAUAUUCCAGUCACCAGCAAGGCAACAGUGAACUGGCUGUGCUCGGCUGUCUGCAAAUGGGAUGUUGUGAGGCAUCGGUGUAAGGGGUGUCUAGAUACAGCUGCCAGAAUGGAAGCCAGUGGUUAGAAGACUUGGGACCAGCGCUACUCUAAACAAUACAGAUAAAAUAGCCUGUAAUGUGCUUUUUGGAAGCAGAGUAUCUCUUGCUGUGGUAUAAAUUCCCGUUGAACUGCAUGGGUGGGAUGCACAGGGCUGUGGUAGAAAAAGAAUGCUUCCUGCAAUGGCAGAGAAGAUUCUGGACUCUUGGAAAAGGGUGAUAAUUGUUUGAAGAUCCAUUUCUUUUUUUAAGAUGGCCAUGCAUUUAAAUACAUUUCUGUACAGAUAUGUCUAUUUAUAAAAUGUGGUAAGCCUUCCUAAAAGGUUGAACUGGA